AACAAAAAUUCAUCUCCUUAUUUGCUGUUGCUUUCCCAUAUCUCUGCUGUGCAUGCGGUUCUUGGUUUUUCUUGUGUUUAAUCUGAUGUGUGCAUUUGUAUUGGGAAAGGCUGGGCGCAUACUCCCAGGCUUGCUUUAGCUUAGCUUAGCUUCUUCCCCUUUCCUUUUUGAAAACUCCAAAUUCAUAUAUGGAGAGAGUGACACAUUAUAUUCAUCAUUCUCUUCUUCAUCCAUCACUCAUCAUUUUCCCCUCUUUUGAACUCUCUGCCAUUUCUUCUACACAUCUCAAUCAUCGCACACUUUUCCAUUUUUCUUAGCUUUCUCUUCAUUCCUACCUAUCUGCCUCCCUGCCUGCUUCCCUUUAGCCUGUAGUAUUUAUUACACCCUCUCUGCUCUCUACCUUUCUCCAUCAAUUUCACGGUCCCCUCUCUCUCUUUCUCUCUCUUUCUCUCUCUCUCUGGGUAUUCAUUGCUGAAAUGAGUUGCACCCGGGCACUUUCACUCCUCAUUUUCUUGAUUUGCAGCUCAAGCUACCUUGAAGCUAGAAGAUUACUCCUGCCUGCUGCCAAUCCCAAGGCGGAAAGUGAAGAGAAGAUGAUUCUGAGAGGGCAAAUCGGGUCGAGGCCGCCGAGGUGCCAACGGAGAUGCAGUUCUUGCCAGCAUUGCGAGGCGAUUCAGGUGCCCACUAAUCCGCAGAGAAAAAGCGGCGACACGACGCCGUCUUCUUCGUCAAGAAUUUCCCGCGCCAGUACAGACGACAAUUACAGCUCAAACUACAAGCCAAUGAGCUGGAAAUGCAAAUGCGGUAAUCUCAUCUUCAACCCCUGAUCAAAACGCCAAAUUAAAUUUUCUCCUUUUUUUUUUUCUUCUUGUUUCUGAUCCGUCAUUAGCACUGUAAUGGUUAAUACUACUGCUAAUUACUGUAAAAUAGCCUGUAUUGCCAUUGUUAAUGAGCAUCUUUUUCCUCUUC